AUGAGUUCCAAAAUAUUCCUAGCUUUAUUAGUUUUUACUUGUAUUUAUUCUUGCUACGCAUAAUAAGGCUCUGUUGUUGAAGCCCUUACUGCUUACAAUAAAUGGAGAGAAGAAAAUGGAAAGGUUUACUCUAGCGAAGCAGAAAAGAUUUACAGAUAAAGUGUAUUUUUAGAAAAUUAUUAAAGUGUUUAAGAGCACAACAAAAACUCUAAUCAUACUUACUCAGUUGGCAUUAACUAAUUCUCUGAUAUUACAUUACAAGAAUAUUAACAAAGAAUUCUUAUGAAAAAUUCUCCAUUAAAUGAGCUUGCAAAAAAUAAAAAUAGAUUAUUGCAAUCUAGCCCUAUUUAAAAUAGCAACGAUACUUAAAUAGCUUCAUCAAUUGAUUGGAGAAAAAAAGGUGGUGUAAGUCCUGUUAAAAAUUAAGGUGAAUGUGGUGGCUGUUGGACUUUCUCUGCAACUGGACUUAUGGAGUCUUUUAAUUUAAUACACAAUAAACCUCAAAAUGUUUCACUCUAUUCUUAGUAACAACUUUUAGAUUGCGUAACUCUUGAAAAUGGCUAUUUUUCUGAAGGAUGUGAAGGUGGAGUACCAUCUGAUGCAGUCUAAUAUGCAGCUGAUUUUGGUGUGUUAUCUGAUAAUGAAUAUCCCUACACUGGUAUUUAGGGUUAAUGCAAUAUUACUAGUAAAACUAAUGGAUUCCAACCUGUUUAAUUCUCUUACUUAGAUGGUACUGCAGAGGGUUUAAGAAAGGCAUUAAAUUAUGGUCCCGUUUCAGUUGCUAUGGAUGCUUCAAAUAUGAAAGAGUACACAUCUGGAGUUUUUAACAACUGUACUUCUAAAUAAUUUAACCUGAAUCAUGCUGUUUUAGCUGUUGGUUAUGAUGAAGAAGGAAAUUGGAUUAUUAAAAACUCUAAAGGUCCUAAUUGGGGUAUGGAAGGCUAUUUCUUGUUGGCACCUGGUAAUACAUGUGGUAUUUUGGAAUUAGACUUUUAAAUUACUGCCUGA